GAACAAGCCUUGCUUUCUUCCUGGAGCUGCAUUUUGCAGCUCAUGUGGCUGAUACAAACAGGAAGCUGGAGGCAGCGGGGGCGGGUUCUUCAAGGAAGCUUGCCUCAUCUUUCAAUAUGUUGCAUCCGACCCCUUUUGACAGGAGCAUGGCAUGCAGCUGCAUUUCUGGAGCGGGUGACGAGUUCCUGAGGUGUUUCCAGAAUGGUGAAGACCCGACACAGGCGACCUGGUCCAACGGGUGCGCCUGACCGCUUUAGACAGUGGUUGGCAGAGGGCGAAGAGUCGGGCAGCGAAGAGGACGCUCCCAAGGUCGAAUGGGCCUCCCCAGAGGGGGUAAAAGGUCUGGCCCAGCUUGAGAGCCGGGAAACAAAGACCGGUCAGGGCGAGAAUUACAGUGAAGAGGCGGAAGCGGUAAACAAAGAAGUGACUGGCAAUCUGGUUAAUACGUUGGGGGAAGAGCUUCAGGAAGCCGAAAUGGGGAGGGGAACGGCUGCCAAGGUCAGCAAAAGCCACGGUCCCUCGCUCAAAAAUGCAGCCAAGGGGCUGCUAGUGGACUCAUGGAGGCCGCAGGUUUCAUCCGAAGACACUGGGCGGGUAGCUCUAAAAGACGCCGGAGCCGUUCCAAACCAUGCAGGAGCUCCUGUAAGCAAUGCAGCUGCUCCGUUGUCGGAUAUUGUGGGGAUGGAGCCGCACAGUCCCAUGGAGGGCGAGACCAAAGCUGGCGAGCAAAGUAGAGGUGGAGAGCGGAAGCUGCCGGGAAACGUCGUGCAUUUCUCAGCGGUGCUCUCUGGAGGGGCGUCCGAAGGCUCGAGCAGCGAGGACUACUCGUCUGCGGAAGAGGAAGCCGGGCCUCUCGUGCCGGUGUUCAAUCCGUUCAAGUCGAAGCUGGCGGGGGGGCUGCUGCGCAGGAAGCCCGCAGAAGGGUCAGCUGACGUCAGCGGUGCGUCUGCUGCCAAGCGGCCAGUGGAAAAUGGGGUAGCUUCUGGGGUGAGCGAGGACGCUGCUCAAGAAGUUGGAGGUGCAGCGGUGGCCAGCAAAGCGGAGACGGCCUUUGUAGAAAAGACGGGCGUCGAGCAGAAUGUUGGGGGAGAAAAUGGGGAUUCUAAGCUUGGUAAAGAAGGCCAUGCAAGGGUAGAGACCGAGGACACAGCAGAGAGAGUGCCGUCGGAGAAGGCCUCAGAAACCCCUAGCAAGGAGGUCACGGAAAAGCUUGCCCCGCCAGAGCAGGACCAAAAGCCCGGCCUGCCAGAGCAGAAGAGCGCAGCAAACCCUAAUGAUGGGGCUGCUUCUCAUCGGGCAAACGCAACCCCAGAAGGCCCUGUAAUAGCAAACGCGGCCGAGAAGAAGCCUAACAUGGGCCCGCAGGUUGCGCCCGCGCACGUGGCCAGGGCCCUGAAGCAAAUGCCGGGCGACAUUGUGGCUGAGAUUGACGCGAUUGCGGAGAGGAUUACCUCUCAGGGGGGGUCCGUCCCACCGGUCGCCCCAAAGAAAAGUGAGCAGGGACUGCCCCCUCGGAACAGUUUCAGCCCGGGGGCCGCUUAUCUGAAGCUGCAUUCCCAGGGGGAUAGUUCGCUCAAGAGUCCUGAGGGAAAAGCCAAGCACCCAAUCGUGAGUGCUUUCCGGGACAGGGCGCAUUCAACGUCGAGCAUGCCAGAGGGGGGCGCCGGGGAACCCCCGGGUAAGGGGCCGGUCCCAAACUUCUGGUCGAGAUUCAUCCCCGUCCAUGCAUUCCAGCCCGGGGAGGGGGGGGCUGCGCCGGCGGGCGCGCCGUCACCCCCUGGGUCCGCAGUCAUCGAGGAGCUUCCAGAAGGGGACGAGGUUCGUUCCCGGGGGAGAAGCAACCCCGACGUCAGGGUUAUGCAGCGCAGCGUGAGCGAAAUAAGCCCCGGAGAAGGGGCGAAACUGGUGGAAGAAGUUGGCGAGAACCACCCGGAUGUGGCCGAGAAGCCGGUGGAGGAGAACUUGGCCGCGCCGGCGCACUACGCGCGGAGCAAGUCGUUGGACAGCGGCGGCGCUUCCGCGAAAGGGCGCACGCCGUCCAGCCCGAUGUCGGUGCUCCCUCCCCGCAGCGGCGAGGCCACCAGCCCCCGCAGCCCGCACUCGCCGACCAAACCCCCGCUUCCCCCCAUUCUUAAAGCGACGAGCCGGUUCAACGGCGGGCCUUCGGGCGGCAAUUCGCUGCCAACGGAUUUCGUGGAAGAAAUGAAGGACCUCGACCUGAGGGAGGGCCAGGGGACUGCAAAGCCACCAUCGCCUCCAGGGGUUUUCGGGCCCGCUGGCGGCCGGUUGUCUCCGAACGGCGGCCGGAAGGAUUCCCCACGACGAGUGAGUUUCGUGGACGAUCUUCCGACGCUCAGGAAGGCGAACUCGUUCUCUCCGGGGAGCGGGUCGCGGGAGGGGGGGCCAGCGCAGGGACUCCCAAAGUCGGUGUCAAUGCCGAGGAAUGCGGCGGGCCUGGCCGCGGCCGCCGCUGAAGCAGAGGCGAAACUCAGGGGGCGGAGGCAGGGUGACGCGGAGAAGGAGAAACCGUUGGAUGCUGCAGAGAUUCUGCAGACGUCGGAUACUGACGAGCUCUUUGGCGCAUUCGGCGCCGCAGGGAUGGACCUCGACGGCCUCAUCAAGAUGGCCGAGGUCCACUUGCGGGAGGCGCGCAAGGGCAUGAGCCCCGAGCCCAAGAAGUCGUCUCGCAGCCCUCGAGACGACGCCAGGAGUCCCGAACCGAGACCGGUUCAGGAAAAGGAGAAGCUUCCUGCGGAAAAGGCGAGGCCAAACCAGGCGGACGUCAAGACGCCGUACCUAUCGAUCCCGGACUUUGACGAGGAGGAGUGGAGUGGGGGGCGGGGCAACAGCCCCACUCCUAAAGGGAAGGCGACCCCCCGAGGGGGGAGGGGGGACGACGCGCUUGCGGCGUCGCAGAAAGCCUGGGAGAAGAAGAGCCGCGAGCAGUCUUCCCGGAGCCUGGAUUCGAGCGCAAUCAACCGUGCUACAAACGCACCCGGACGGCAACCGGACGGCACGGGACGUCACUCCGAAGCACAAGGACGGCAUUCGGACGCCAUCGGACGGCCCUCGGACGGCCACGCUCGCCGACCGGACGGCAGCCGGAGUAACUCGGACGGGUCCCGCACAGUGCCAAACGAUUUCGGACGGAGUUCCCUGGAGAGGCUGGACCCGGUGCUUGACACCGUGCUCGAGCGAGUGCUGGCCGGAGACGAGUUUGAGAGUGCGCUCGGGUCGGAGACUGCGAAGAUGGCUGAGAACGGGGAGGUGAAGGGGCGCGGGAAGGAAGUGAAAGCGGGACAGGAGGUGAUCUUCUGGGGGAAUGAUGACGACGCUGAGCGGGAGAUGGUAAGCAAGCUGGAAAAAGAGAAGGAGAGCUUGCAAGCGAGCUUGAACCAAAAGGCUGGGAACAGCGCCGAUGCCGACCGGCAGAAGCGGAUGCUGCACGCCAAGCGCGCGCAACUAGAGGCGGACAUUACCCAGCUGCAGCGCAAGGUCUCGCUGCAGCGCUCGAUGCGGUCGACGUUCACGGCCGGGCAGCGAGGGGGAUUCCCCGACGGGAACCGCGGGAAAGAGGACGCCGAGAUCCGGCAGCUGGAAGACGAAGUGGCGAAGAUGAAGAGGACCAAAGAGGAGCUCGUCGGCACGCUGGAGUCGGCGCGGGAGGCCGAGGGCGCGGCUGAGAAGAUCUGGGAGCUGCAGGAGACGCGGGCACAACUCGAGGAGGACCUCGCGCGCCUGAUGGCUCAGAAGGCGGCCGGGGCGUUCAAGCCGGCAGUGAACCCCGAGCAGGCGCAACUAGAGGGGGACAUCAACCGCAUGAAGCAGGAGCUGACGGACCUGGAGAAGCAGAGGGACACCAAGGCGGCGACGCCAGAGGCACAACUCGAGCGGCUCAAGGAGGAGAGGUCGAUGCUCGAGCUCAAGCUUGCAAAUGCUAUCGGAGAGAUUGCUUUAGAAGCAGCCAUGUCGCCCCGCGGCCCGGCGCCGUCCCCCGACGAGUUCGAGGAGCUGAACCUGGGCUUGCUCGAGGAGGGCAACUCGCGGCUGCAGCAGCAGAUCCAGGAGGUGAAGCAGCAGGCGGCGCGGCAGCGCGCGGGGAUCAUCAUUGGGAGCGAGGAGCGCACGCAGGCGCUGCAGAAACUGCUCGAGACCAGAAAUCUGUACGAGGAGGAACUUGCGGCGACGGUGCAGCAGAUUAUGGAAGAGAAGAAGAAAAACGACGAGAUCGAGAAGAUGGUCCACGGCAACAUGAGCGCCCUGGAGCGCGCGCUGGCCCAGCAGCAGCAGGCCCUCUCGGAGGCGCAGGAGGUUCUCCAGGCGGAGCGCAUGCGCAGCCAGACGAUGCGCGCGAGCGUUGAGAACAUCAGCCAGGCGGCCGCGCCCGCCAUCCCGGGCCUGCUCAAGGGGCGCGCGUAUGCGGCCGCCGCAAACGCGCCUCAGCCGCAGCCCCAACUGGGACGGCAUUUCAGCCUCAACUUCGCCAACCUCGAGACGGGCGGCUCCGACUACCUGACGCAGCAGCUGUCCCAGUCCCGCGGCCUCGUCUUCCGUGAGUCGGAGAUUCGACGGAGGAUACACGACGACGGCUCGGAUUCGGAGUCCGGCAACUCCCACACCUCCGCCUCGGGCGACAACUUCGCGGACCGCUCCGGCGGCGAGCUCGCGCUGCCCGCGCCCAAGGGCCGCAUCACCGAGCUGUCCAGCGAGCGCUCCACCGUGUCCUCCUCCCAGGCCCGCGUCCGCCCGGAGAUCCUGCUGUCCAACCGGGAGUCGCCACGUAGCCCCUCGGGCCCACAGCUCGUGGGCGGGUCGGGGCUUGGAUUCCAAUUGGAGCACUCGCAGGAGCGGCGCAACCAGAUCCUGAAGCAGUUCUCGGGGCCGUUGGACCCGCCCGUGCGCACGGGGAGCGGCGCGUCUAGUCCGGGGGGGCCGAACCGGAUGUCGGUGGCGGCUUCGCCGAAGCAGCAGACGCAGCGGCCCAAGUCGGCGGGGACCCUGCGGGGGAACAAUCGGUACAGCCUUGGUUAGGGGGGGCCGGGCGUGGCUGCGGGUUUCAGGGGGGGGAAAGCUCUAGGCUCCCUUGGAAAGACGCUACAUUCCCAAACCAUGAGGGGCGCGUGGCUGCAAGUUUCGGGGGGCAGAGUGUAACGCCCUGGGUCUCCAUAGGAAGAUGCUGCAUUCUCAAUCUGGGGGGGGAGCGUGGCUGCGGGUUUCGGUUAGGGAAGUUCGGUCCGCGGGGGAAAACGGGUUGACUUGAGUGGUCGCUUUCGAAGGGAUGAACGAAGCGUCGCUGUCGAACGGGCGCGAGUGACUUCUUCCUUACAAGUUUUCGAUCCCGCUCUCGUGCGUUGAUGCUGGCGGACGAAGUGCAUAACGCUCCAGAAGCGAUCAGUAGAGUUUGACGAGGGGCGUCGAAGGCCUAAGAGGUGGGCGGGUGUGUUUGAAGGUUUGGUGCUUGCAUCAACAUCGCGCGUUGCUUACUGGGCUCUCGGAUGUAGGACUCGAUUCCCCCCAGCGUAGACAAGCCACGUGGCUUCCUCCUACUGGCCACUUGCUGUGUUGAUAAUCAGGUUUCGUUAGGUAGGCCUCGAGAGUUGGGAAGGUGGAGAUUCGUAGACGCGAGGAGAGUCGGUGGUAGCGCGUCAAGGCAAUCCCGCCGCAGGAGCCGUGCUUCGUACCCCCCGUAGCCCGUGUGUGUAUAUGCAUGCUACUGCUCCCGUAGGUGUACUUUGGUUUUGCGGAGAGGAUCUAAGCGGAGACUGCUUAGGUUUCACAGACCGCUUGAGCGACUUUUGAGUAGGUAGAAGUUAGCGCGUGAGAAUAGGUCCUGUAAAGGAGGAACAUAUGGAUGUCGGUUUGCUUAGACCCGUUUCCAUGCAAAUGCUUCA